UCGCUUUUCGUGGCGCCGGAGACCUUGCAGCUCAAUCAUGGCUUCCGCGGAUUACCAGCGAGGGGGGAAUGGCGGCGAUGUUGGGGUCGCCUUCCAGCCCUAUCUAGACACCCUGAAGCAAGAGCUGCAGCAGGGGGACCCGACCAUUCUCUCAGUCCUGGCAGCGCUUCUCGUGGUACUGCUGACGUUGGUGUUCUGGAAGAUCAUUGGAAGCAGAAGGGGCAGUCAACGAGCUGUACUUCUUGUCGGCCUUUGUGACUCCGGGAAAACACUGCUCUUUGUUAGAUUGUUAACUGGUCUUUACAGAGACACUCAGACUUCUAUUACUGACAGUUCUGCUGCAUACAGAGUUACCAAUAGCAGGGGUUCAAGUUUGACCUUGAUUGACCUCCCUGGCCAUGAAAGCUUGAGACUUCAGUUCUUAGAGCGUUUUAAGUCUUCAGCCAGGGCGGUGGUGUUUGUUGUAGAUAGUGCAACAUUUCAGCGCGAGGUGAAAGAUGUGGCCGAGUUUCUUUAUCAAGUCCUCAUUGACAGUAUGAAUCUGAAAAACACACCUUCAUUCUUGAUUGCCUGCAAUAAACAAGACAUUACAAUGGCAAAGUCAGCAAAAUUAAUUCAGCAGCAGCUUGAGAAAGAACUGAACACUUUACGAGUCACCCGUUCUGCUGCCCCCAGCACACUGGACAGCUCCAGCGCUGUUCCUGCUCAGCUUGGAAAGAAAGGAAAAGAGUUUGAAUUUUCACAGUUGCCCCUCAAAGUGGAGUUUCUGGAGUGCAGCGCCAAGGGUGGGAGCACCGGCUCGGCAGACAUCCAGGACCUGGAGAAAUGGCUGGCCAAAAUUGCUUGAGCGAAAUCAUGCUGGGCUUAGUUGUGUAUAUGUGUGGGGAAAGAGUGUUAUUGGUAAAGGCAGGAGACAGGAUGUAGUUACAAACAUAUCCUCAUGGGGACAAAUGAUCGUUGGAACCAAUUUGAUACAUUUGAUUAUUAAGUUCAUGUCCCCCUCCUUCCAAACUUAUAAUUCAUGUCUCCCCUUUGUUCAGUGUUCCCCUUUUGCUUACAUGUAGUUCUUGAUGUAGAUUCAGUCUUUAUGACACAACAUGCUAACUCUAUGAGGAGAGGGUCUUAUCAUGGAAAAGUUUUCUUAACCUCUCCUUUGGUUUGUGGGUCCCUUUUUUCUAGAAACAAACCUGCCCAAAAUGAGAACACACUAAUUGCCCUCACU